GAACUGUUGGAGAGAUCUGGGGCACCGAGGGAAUCGUUUGCCUUGCUCGUCGUAACAUCUGCCGUGAACGACCAUCGCUCGCCAUUCUGUGGCCGGAAAGUUGGGGGAGGAGGGCGCUGAUCUGGACGAUCGAGGCUAGUAGCCCGAACGAGAUUGAGCGGAAGUCGCUGCAUAACGGACUUGACUCGGAGCGUGGAGGAUUUGGGUUUCUGAGCCGAGAAGGUUUUUAGAGGAAGGGGAAGGUGAAGGUGAAGGUGAAGGUGUUCAGUGGUGAAUUAGGAGGGAUAUAGUGGAUUUCGCAGGUGUAGGACGGGACUCGGGCGAAAAUGGCAAAUUUGUUGAGUGAAUUGGAACGGUUCGAGCAGGAGAUGAAAGACCUAGGCUCUGAGCCUUCGUCGUCUUUGCUGCCCCCGGCUCAUCUCGUUGCUAGGGUUCCGCUCCCCCCACCACCUCCACCACCCCCUGCCAGGGGCACUCCGAGUACCAUAGUGAAUGGUACUGCAAUGCGUCCGCCACCGCCACCUCUACCCCCUCAAGCCGCUUCUGGGCGCCCUAUGCCUCCCCGACCGCCACCACCUCUAGCAGCCGGUUCUGUAAAUCUACUUCCUCCACCUCCACCCCCUGUCACACCCAAUCCAUCAAUGGCAUGGCUGAACACUUCAGCAACUGCUGCUACUGUGGUUGCUCCGCCUGUACCUGCUACUCCGGCGUCUCAGUAUACUUACUCUCAGACACCUACGAUUUUCACAUCAGCUCCGGCGACUACUCCUACCUCAGCUGCUCCUGCAAGUUCUUCGUAUUUUCCUGUUCCUUUUCAUCUGCAGCAACAGAGUCAUACGUAUCAGCCAACUCAACAGUACCAACAACAACAACAGUCGUAUCAACAAGUACCAACACAAUAUGCAGCAGCACCGCAAUCACAGUCGCAAGCUCAAGUGGCAACCAGUCAACCAGCGACAACCGGAACUACUGCCCAGCCUAGUUAUCAAUAUCAAGCUGUUUACCAAGCAGCUGCAACUCCCGCCGCGCCAGAAAUUUUUGCUAUGCCUCAACAACAACAGGCACAACAACUCUUCCAAAGAGAUGCUCAGACGAUCACUCCAGAAGCUCUUGAAAGUGUGAAGGCUGCUCUAGCUAGUGGCGAAGGUGAAAACAAGUCAGAAGCGAGAAAGCGAGCCAUUCCUCGAAAAGCCGCCGGGCAGGUUUGGGAGGAUCCCACAUUAGCCGAUUGGCCAGAGAAUGAUCAUCGACUAUUUUGUGGAGAUCUAGGUAACGAGGUUAAUGAUGAAGUUCUCACGAAAGCGUUCACAAGGUUCACGACGUUCAACAUGGCGAGAGUUGUACGGGACAAGCGUACUGGCAAGACCAAGGGCUAUGGAUUCGUCAGUUUUGCCAAUCCCUCUGAUCUAGCUCUGGCCCUGAAAGAGAUGAAUGGAAAGUACGUGGGUAAUAGACCCAUCAAACUGAGGAAAAGUACGUGGAAGGAAAGGACAGACCAGGAGGCAUUUGACAAACAAAAGAAUUCAAAGAGGCAAAAAGGGUCGAAGAAGAACAUUCUCCACAAGUAGGGCCACACUCGACUUCAUUUUCUUUUGUGGCUCUAUGCCCAAAAUCAUUUUCUCCUGGCAGUAUAAGCGUCCGUGUUCAAUAGAAGAAAUGACGAGUGCAGGAAUUCUUUCGGGUUCAGUGCCUGUACGUCGUGGCAUGUUCCUGCGGUGAUUGCUGUUUCGGUCCUUUGAAGGACUUAGUCGCGAGCAUCAACUUAGAUUUAUAUCCGGCUUAGGUAGAUUGCUGUAACGAACAUGGGGCUUGCCACUUCAGUUUGUAGAUAGAGUAGAUUACUGGGGGACAUUCAGCACUCCAGUGCUUAGUUCAUUUGCUCGUUGCGUCACUGAGCGAUUAGUUAGGUCAUUACGAAAUUUGUACAAUCUGCAUCUUGCCACUUUUACAGGCAGAGAUGUUUAGAUCAAUCAAUGAUGAUGUCAAUUUUCCAG